AUGGAAGAGGAAGUAGAUGGAAUCGAUGUGGGGCAAAAAGAGAAAAUUAAAAAUACCAGUUGUAAAUUUGCGUCGCAGGCUGUUGGAAAUUCAGUGGAUGGGUUAAAAGCUAGUGAUGUAGAACCACGUUUGGUGUUUCAUCAAGGGGUACCAUCUGGUGGUACCAAGUUUGCCUAUGACAAUAUUCAGAAGAUUCUUGCUCUUUCCACCAAGGAUGGUCGGAUUAAACUAUUUGGAAAAGAUAAUGCCCAAGUCCUGCUUGAAUCUAGAGAGCCGGUGCCUAGCAAAUUUUUACAGUUCAUUCAGAACCAAGGCAUCCUUAUAAAUGUCUCUUUCAAUAAUCAUAUUGAGGUUUGGGACAUAGACAAGAAACUGCUCAUUGACGUGUUCAUUGUCAAAGAAGAAAUAACCUGUUUUUCGGUUCUUCAACAUAGCCUAUUCAUGUACAUUGGAUUUUCUAAUGGUAAUAUUGCAGUUUUAAGUCUUGAUCAACAACCAUGGCAUGUGGUUAGGAUGAAAUACUCCAUACCCGUUUCAGCUUCCUAUGGAAAUUCAACAGAAGAAUCUGAUGAUACUGUUGUCACACACGUACUGCCUCAACCAGCAGCUGAGAGUCAGAGAGUUCUCAUAAUCUUUAGAAAUGGGCAAAUAAUAUUGUGGGAUAUUCGAGAAAGCAGGUCCAUCUUUAGAACUGGAGGAAGAAUGUUACAAGCACGGUAUAAUGAAACAAAGAAAGUGUCUUCUGCAUGUUGGGUAUGUCCUUUCGGAAGUAAGGUGGUUGUAGGGUACAACAAUGGAGAGCUCUUCAUUUGGAGCAUUCCUUCUCUAAACACAGGAAAUAGUUUAGCAGCUGAUUAUAGCAGUCAAAAUACUCCAAUGUUCAAGUUUAACUUAGGAUAUAAAUCAGACAAAACUUCAAUAAGAUCAGUAAAAUGGAUUUAUGCAGAAGGAAGAGCUAGUCGACUAUACGUUAUGGGAGGUUCUGAUUAUGCCCCUUCAAACUUGUUGCAGGUAGUGUUGUUGAAUGAGCAUACAGAAUCUCGCACAAUUAAGAUGGGGCUUCAUUUGUUAGAAGGUUCUGUUGACAUGCAGAUCAUAUCAACCUCAAGCAAGCAGAGACAAAAUUAUUUCAUUUUGCUUGGGAAAUCAGGAAACGUGUAUCUGUAUGAUGAUAAUUUGAUUGAAAGAUAUCUGUUGCAGAGCCAGUCUAAGUCCACUCCUUCACUGCCAAAGGAAGUGGUUGUGAAGUUACCACUGUCAGAUUCAAGCAUCACUACAGCAAAAUUCAUCUCCAACAAUCCCAGUGCGUUUAGUUCUGAAGACGAGUAUUACAGCCAGCUGAUCAAGAAUUAUCCACCGCUUAUUCCCAUUGAAACAAAUUUCAAAGAUGGGAUUAACUUCAGUGCUGCCAAUUUCACUGGAUUUUCGAACUUAAGAAACUUGUACAUAACUGGACACAGCAAUGGAGCCAUAACUUUUUGGGAUGCGUCAUGUCCCUUUUUCACCCCAAUUUUGCAAUUAAAGCAACAGGCUGAAAAUGAUGUUUCUUUAAGUGGUGUUCCCUUGACAGAAUUAUAUUUUGAUAGCAACUCUCCACUCCUAAUUUCUGGUGAUCAAAGUGGGAUGGUUCGUAUCUAUAGAUUCAAACCUGAACCAUAUGCAUCCAGCAGCUUCAUGUCUCUUACUGGAAAUACAAAGAAAGGGACUGAUCAUGUAAUCCACAGUAUGAAACUCGUAAAAACUAGUGGUGCUGUAAUUUGCAUGAACAUAGAUCAUAACUCAAGGCACCUUGCUGUUGGUUCUGACCAAGGAAACGUUUCAGUCAUUAACAUAGAUGAUCCAUCUUUGUUAUACCGGAAAAAUAUUUCAAGUGAAAUUUCCUCCAGUAUCGUCUCUUUGCAGUUUAAAGCCUGCAGUUUGCGUGGUUUUGAGAAAAACAUUUUACUAGUUGGAACAAAGGACUCAUCUGUUCUAGCACUAGAUAGUGAAACUGGAAAUCCAUUCAACACUGAAGCUAUUCACCCUAAGAAGCCCUCUAAAGCCAUAUAUAUGCAAGUGUUGGAUGGAGUAGGAGAACCAAUCACAGGAUCGGUUACAAAAGAUGGCUUAGACUCAAGAGAAGGGAAUCGUACUGAUGAUGCAACAGCAAAGCAAUUGUACAUUUUGCUGUGUUCUGAGAAAGCUUUGUAUGUCUAUUCUUUUGUGCAUGUUGUACAGGGAGUUAAAAAGGUGCUUUACAAGAAGAAAUUUCAUUCCUCUUCCUGUUGCUGGGCAUCAACAAUUUACAACCUCUCUGAUAUCAGUCUUCUUCUCCUUUUCACCAAUGGGAAAGUGGAAUUAAGGUCUUUGCCAGCUUUAUCUCUGAUAGCGGAGACUUCAAUUAGAGGUUUCACUUAUUCACCACCAAAAUUGAAAUCAUAUUCUGAUAGCCAGAUAUGUUGUUCACGCAAAGGAGAUCUUGUUUUGGUGAAUGGUGAUCAGGAAAUUUUUGUUGUCUCAUUGUUGGCCCAGAGGAAUAUUUUCAGGCUUUUGGACUCUGUUAGCUGCGUCUACAGAAAGGAAAGAAUGCUAUCAGAAGAAGAGCAUGGUCCUAGCCCUGUAAUCGAUAAGGAAAAGAAAAAGGGUAUAUUCAGCUUCGUUAUAAAAGAUUUUACAAGUAGUAAAGAAAAGCAUGGACCCCUCAUGGGUAAAGAAGAUCCCAAAGAAAACAUACGGGAACUCUCAGCAGUAUUCUCAAAUGCGAACUUUGCAUGUUACGAUAAUGAUGAUAAACCAACAGUGGAUGAAAGUGAGCUUGAAUUAAACAUAGAUGACAUUGACUUAGAGGAUCAUGAAGAAAAACGCAAAGAACAAAGCAUAUUAGGAGCUCUUAAUAAGAAGAAAUUGGUUGGAAAAUUUCAGUCUCUGAAAGGAAGGUUGAAAGAAAUGAAGGGAAACUACCAGAAGGCAUCAGAUAAGGAAGGGCACCAGGAGGAAAAAGAUGGUGCGCUGGAUCAAAUUAAGAAGAAAUAUGGAUUUUCUUCUUCUUCCAAUGAAACAACCGCUGCUAAACAGGCACAAAUCAAGCUUCAUGAAAACACAUGGAAAUUGCAGGGUACCAACCUUCGUUCCAGAGAGAUGCAAGAUACAGCAAAAUCAUUUUCAUCAUUGGCAAAACAAGUGCUCCGAACUGCUGAGCAGGAUAGACAAAGUUGACAAGAUCUAUUAGUUAUUCGAUUAUACUUAGGUCAUACAUUAUUUAUUUUUUUAAUU